UUUGGGUGUUUUGCUUUACAGAAACUGAUUAUCAAGGGAUGGAAUUUAGAAAUUCAUCUUAUGGGAAUGAGAGUUCUUUCUCCUCACCUAGGCAACAUGGGAAUAUGGAAUUUAAGAAUGCUACUGCUGCUGCUCGUGCAGCUGCGGCAUCUGCAGAGCGAGCAAGUAUGGCUGCCCAAGCUGAUGCUGAAAAUCUUGAAAAUAUCUCCCAGCAAUAUUCAAUGGACUCAAACAUGUCAGCUCAUGGCAUGAGAGAUGAGGAACCAAGAAAGAAUACUGUCUCGACCUCUCAAUAUGAACAUCUUGCCAGACGUAAAGUUAAUAAUUCCUUCCAUGGAACGAAUUAUGAACAAACUGACAGCAAUGAACAAUACAAUCGAACAGGAGAGACUGAAAAUUGUCUCAGUAACAUGAUGAGGAAUGAUGAUAAAUCCACUCGUGGUGCCUCUAAAUCGACAGCAGCUACCUUCAAUGAAAAAUCAUUAGUUACUAAUCAAAUUCCAGAUGCAUAUUCUCAAAGAAACUCAUCUGUUGGCAGGCAGAUGGAGCAUUUUGGUGAAGUGAGCAUGAAGAGAGACUCAGUCAAUGAGAUGCAUUUUGUGAACGAAUUGCACGGUAUUAAGAAUACUCGGAAUGUUGAUCAUCAUGAAAUCAAAGACGGGGAACAAUCAAGCUAUUCUUCUCAUUCUCAGUCAAACACUUUUAGAGAUGAUUUUUAUGAUAAUGCCUCGGCGGUUUUUGAUGAUUAUGGAUCACAUUCUGAGAUAAACUUGAUUUGGACGAAGAGCAUAAGGUACAUGAAUACGGUAUGAACUUUUCAUCUCCAUUUCAAAGAUCACCAUCUCAUCCAUGUCCAUGUACACAUUCUUGGAGCACUAAGAAGAAGGUUGAAUCGCUUGAAGAGUCUAUUUCGCAAUCGCAUAUUUUCUCGGAGAAGCGGUCUACUUCUAUCUUCUUUGAAAGUUCAACAAGCUCAGCAGCAGGCCCUUCACAUGUAGAUGAGUUGCCUCCGACUUUCGAUAAUUACUGCCAUAGUUCAGAAAGUGAAGAGGAGGUAAACAAGUUCGGUAGGAACAACAAUUAUACUAUAGAUAGUCAGAAAAAGAAUUUGGAUUCGCACCAAGCUGAAAACAGUAUUUUCAAUCAACCGUUGUCUGGGGACAUGGAAAGUAGGGAAUUGAACUUAGGGAAUUUGACAGAUGACAUCCGAAAUAAGGGCUAUAGGCAUCCACCAUAUGCUUUAUCCUCUUCAGAGGCAGAGAAUGAUACAUCUGCUGGAUUUAAGCAAUCAUCCCCUUCCCUAGUGGAGGAUUCAGCUAGUUCUGGAUCUUACAAUCGAGAACCGAAAGAAAGUGAUGAAGUCAGUAGAAACUCAGCAAGAGAGCAUCAGUCACUCGUGCUGAUUCUAGUGACGAUGACUUUGAGGAGGAAAGACCAAAACAUAUUUUUAGUAGCACUCGCGACCAAUACAACAGAAUGCCAAGCUCUGAAGAAGAUAGAAGAUCAACCUCAAGUGUCCCCGUGCCAUGUUUUGGUUUGGGAAAUAGUGAUUCUGAUGAAGAUCUUCCUAAAACAAGUUCAAAGGCUCAUUCAAGAACUCGUUUUCCUCAUCAGAAAAAUGUAUCUCCUUCGAAUUCACCUAGAGAUACCCAGAAAAGGAACUCGUAUCACUUGGAAAGUUUUCGACAUUCCCAGUUGGCAUCAGAAGCAACUCCAAAGUUGGUUUCAGAGACCAAAACGUUUCCAUCUGACGAAGCUUUGAAGAUGUCGGAAAAGGAACAGCCGUGUACAUCCGUCCCGGAUAUUGUAUCACUGGGUAGUGUCAAGAGUUCAGAAGCUCAAACUUCAAUUGGGGAGAGGUCAACUCAUGUUCACCCAAAGCUUCCUGAUUAUGAUACCUUAACCGCAUUCUUAAAUUCUCUCAAACAGAAACGCCAAUUAAUAUGUAUGUUCGUUUUGCUUUCUGAUACAGUGUUCUAAUAUCCAAUGUGAAAGAUUAUAUACGGC